AAAAGCAUUCAGUGUUCUGACUGCAGCACAUUGCCUGCUCUUUCCUUAUACGUGUGUGCUCUUCUUUUCACUACUGACUGUGCUGUCUGUGCCUGCCACUCACUCUGUCCUUUCCUUCACAGGUACUGCGACUGCUUCGCCAGUGGAGACUUUUGCAACAACUGCAAUUGUAAUAAUUGUUGCAAUAACUUGCAUCAUGAAAUUGAACGGUUUAAAGCCAUUAAGGCAUGUCUUGGUAGAAAUCCAGAAGCUUUCCAGCCAAAAAUUGGGAAAGGCCAAUUGGGCGAUGUCAAGCCCCGGCACAACAAAGGGUGCAACUGCAGGAGGUCGGGCUGCCUGAAGAAUUACUGCGAGUGCUAUGAGGCCAAAAUUAUGUGUUCUUCUAUUUGCAAAUGCAUUGGUUGCAAAAAUUAUGAAGAAAGCCCAGAACGAAAGACACUAAUGAGCAUGCCAAACUAUGUGCAGGCUGGAGGUUUGGAAGGCAGUCGCCAUCUGCCACCAACGAAAUUUUCAGGACUUCCAAAAUUCAGUCAGGAUAGGCGGCCUUCCUCAUGCAUCUCCUGGGAGGUGGUGGAGGCCACAUGCGCCUGCCUGCUGGCUCAGGGAGAAGAAGCCGAGAAAGAACACUGCUCCAAGUGCCUGGCAGAGCAGAUGAUCCUGGAGGAAUUUGGAAGCGUAAUUCUCUGGAGACUCAUCCAAGUUGCUAUGUGUAUCAACAACUCAUUUCUGGCUGGGUGUGACCGCUCACGCCUGUAAUCCCAGGGCUUCCAGGGGCCAAGUCAGGAGCCUGGCAACAGAGUAAGACCCUCUCUCUAAAAAAUCAACAACAACAACAAAACAAAAGCCACACAAUUUAUUCUUUUUUAUUGCUGAGUAGUAGUCCACAGUGUGGA